AUGGAUUCAGGACUUGCUCAUAUUCACGGCCAUUUCCUUGUCCUUGUUAUUAUCGUCCUCCAGCUUCCUGCAAUACCUCAAGCUUACGACAACGUGACUGUGGGUUCAGCUCUUUUUGCCACAGACGAUAAUUACUCCACCUGGACUUCACCAUCUGGCGAUUUCGCUUUUGGGUUCCGCCGCCUUCCUGGUGAACAAGAUCAGUUCCUCCUGGCUAUCUGGUACGCUAAGCUACCGGAAGAAACUGUCGUUUGGUCUGCCAACAGGGAUUACCCGACAGAGAAAGAAUCAAAAGUGGAGCUAACAACCGCUGGACAGCUAGUUCUCAGCGCUCCAAGUGGGUGGGAAUUGUGGAGGUCCAACAACACUCAGUCUCAGAGUGCCGGAGUGUCGCAUGGGGCGAUGCUAGACGCCGGGAACUUUGUGAUUACAAGCAGAGAUUCAAGCAUCAUCAUAUGGGACAGCUUCAGCGAACCAACCGACACAAUCUUACCAACCCAAGUAUUGGGUUUUGGGAACAACCUUUUUUCUAGCAUGUCUGAAGACAGUUACAAGCAGGGCAAAUUUCAGCUCCGUCUCACUACUACUGGAAAUCUGACACUUAACCAAAUAGAUGUCUACAGCAGGAAUCCUUACGGAGCUUACUAUACCAGCCCGAAUGUUUCUGAGCUAAUCUUGGACCGGUCAGGCUACCUUCAAAUCAGAAACUCAGGGAGCCAAAACAUAUCAAACCUUACAAUAUCAAAGGGUUUGGUCAUCAGGGGAGACUCCUACUACAAGGCAACGCUUGAUUUUGAUGGAAUCUUCAGACUCUAUGCCCACCCAAAGAAGUUCACUGGCAAAGUCAGCUGGUCUGCCAUCUCGUAUGUUCCUGACAACAUCUGCAUGAGUAUUUUAGACACUUUAGGAAGUGGCCCUUGUGGGUAUAACAGCAUAUGCGCACUCAGUCAGUUUGGUAAACCGGAUUGCCAAUGUGCCCCUGGCUUUUCUCUGCUGGAUGUAAACAACAAGUAUGGUGGCUGCAAACAAGACGAUGUCAGCUAUAUGCAUGAAUGCAACGAGAAGGGAUCUGUGAUUGCAGAGGAUCGAUUUGAAUUCUUGGAGAUGGUGUUUGCAGAUUGGCCUUUAGCUGACUAUGAGAUGCUGAAACCUACGACAGAAUUUGAAUGCACGAAAUCAUGCUUGCGUGAUUGUUACUGCGCAGUUGCCAUUUUCCAGGAUCCGAAGUAUAAUGAUGGCAUAGGAAGAUGUUGGAAGAAGAAAUUGCCGCUUUCUAAUGGGAGGCUCAACCGGAGUUCCAUUGAUAGAAAAGCUCUGUUCAAGAAAUUGAAAUUGGAACCGAACAGCUCUUCCCAGAAUUCAAUGAAUCCGAACCCGGGUGGAAGACAGCAGAAUCAAGCAAUAUUGAUCCUCGCAAUCCUCCUAGGUACUUCAGUACUUCUGAACUUCUUUUCUGUCGCUUCAAUUUCUCUGGUUGUCUUCUGUUUGUGGCAAGGAAAACUACCAAACCUUUAUAGAACCUUAAAUACAAGAGAUCCAGAGACAAAUCUACGUUGCUUUACAUACAAAGAUCUUGAAGAAGCCACUAAUGGGUUUAAAGAAGAAUUGGGCAGGGGUUCUUUUGGCACUGUUUAUAAAGGGGUAUUAGUAUCAGGUUAUAGCAAACAUGUUGCUGUCAAGAAGCUAGACAAGUUGGUGAGGGAAGGUGAGAGGGAAUUCAAAACCGAAAUGACUGUGAUCGGCCAAACUCACCAUAAGAAUUUGGUCCAGUUACUUGGCUACUGCGACGAGGGUGAACACCGACUCUUGGUGUACGAGUUUAUGUACAACGGAUCGUUGUCGAGUUUCCUCUUUGGAGUGAUAAGACCAAGUUGGCAACAAAGAAUGCAAAUUGCAUUAGGAAUUGCUAGAGGGAUCAUGUAUUUGCAUGAAGAAUGCAGCACGCAAAUCAUUCAUUGCGACAUAAAGCCUCAAAACAUACUCUUGGAUGAUUCUUUUACAGCCAAAAUUUCUGACUUUGGACUGGCAAAGCUUUUGAUGAGCCACCAGACGCGGACUCUCACGGGCAUCAGGGGGACUAAAGGGUACGUUGCACCAGAGUGGUUCAGGAACACACCAAUCACUGUAAAGGUGGAUGUUUAUAGCUUUGGGGUCAUGCUGUUGGAGAUCAUUUGCUGCAGGAGAUGUGUGGAAAUUGAGAUGGAGAGGGCAGCAAUACUAACUGAAUGGGCUUAUGAAUAUUAUAGUAAAGGGAAAGUUGAAAGAUUGGUGGAAAAUGAUGAGGAGGCUUUAAGUGAUCUGAAGAAGGUGGAGAAGUUGGUGACAGUGGCAAUUUGGUGUGUUCAGGAUCUGCCAUUAUUGAGGCCUUCCAUGAGGGAAGUCAGUAACAUGCUAGAAGGCAUUCUUGAGGUUGUUGCACCCCCAUGUCCUUUCCUCUACAGUUCAAUGUCUGGAUCUGAUUUUCAGUCAUCCUAGAAUUAAGGGACUUUCAACUAAUAUAAUACAGAUGUAGUGUAAAGGAAUUUCUGAAUACUGCUUUGCAGCUUCCAUAGACAGGGAAUUCCCAACCUUUGUUCUUUUUUUAGUUAUGAACAAUA